CCCCAGCGCGUUUCUGAAAGGUUGAGAUGUUUUCAACCAGAAGCUGGGAGCGGCCGCACAGAAGGAAAUCAGACGCUGGAACAAGACGCUGGAACAAGACGCUCUUUGGACACAGACCAUUACAGGACGCCCUCUGUAAAAUAUCUACGGUGGCCUGCGUGGACACACUGGAGGGAGACAGUGAAGGACACGUCCGCUUCAAGACCCCCGAGGAAGCCCAGGCCGUCGUCAAGGACCGUUCGGCCGUCGCCAAGGAACACGGCUGGACGCUGGAUCUGCUCUCUGGUGAUCAUGAGCAAAGGUAUUUGCCGAAGAGUGACUGA